AUGGGCCGGGCUAGCCCGUUUGACAGCCCUAUGGAAUACUAUUUAGCAGAUGGUAUUUAUCUUGAAUGUGCCACAUUUGUCAAAUCAAUCUCAAAGCCACAAGGUGAGAAACGCAAGUUAUUUGCACAAUACCAAGAAGGGCAAAGAAAAGAUGUGGAACGAGCAUUCGGAGUGUUGCAAGCACGCUUUGCAAUUAUACGUGGUCCAGCUCGUUUUUGGGAAAAGAAAAAGCUUGCCAACAUAAUGAGAGCUUGUAUUAUAUUGCAUAAUAUGAUUGUUGAGGAUGAAAGAGACACUUAUGCAGAAAAUUUUGCUCAAGGCUUAGAGUAUGAUGAUGUCGAAAAUGGCUUAUCACAACCUCAGCUUGGAGAAGAAGAUUUUGCACCAUACUAUCAAUUUCUCCAAAGAAAUGCCCAACUUCAAAAUAGGCAGCAAUAUAGACAAUUGAAAGAGGACUUGAUUGAACACAUAUGGCAAUUUCACAAUGCUUGUCGUCAACUAUAG